AUACGGCAUAUAAAUACGAUAAUCAAAGACAUUUGGGUUUAGCCAUCAGACAACUGAUGGACACAACAAAUAUCACUCGGAAUGAACUGAUUGUAGUGACCAAAGUGUGGAGCACUUUCCAUACGAGAGAGCGGGCCUUUGAAAACGUGAAGAUGGAGUUACAGGACUUACAGUUUGAUUACUCGGACUUUGGUUUAAUCCACUUUCCCAUAUCAAUCACUCCUCACGAGAGUAAUCCUCGCGAAUACUUCACAUAUUCGGCCAACGGAUCCAUUCAAACCCCUUAUCCGCAGAGAGAUGUCGGCUAUUUGGAGGCGUGGAGAGGCCUGGAAGCGGCUGAACGGCUCGGUCUCGUCAAAUAUAUAGGUCUCGCAAACUUCAACAUUCAUCAAAUUAAAAAGAUUUUAUCGGUGGCUGUCAUCAAACCAGUUGUUGUUCAGGUUGAAUGCCAUCCGCUGUACCGAAACGAUAAGCUGACGAAUUGGAUAAAAGGCCACAACAUGUCUGUCAUGUGUUACUCACCGCUGAGGAAGUGUUCGCCAGAACUGGUGAACAACAAUGUACUGCAAGAAGUGGCCGACAAACACAAGAAGACCGUAUAUCAGGUGUCGUUGCGUUGGAAUAUGCAAAGAGGAAAUAUUGUGAUACCACGAUCUUUCGAUAAGAGCCAUCAAAAGGAGAAUUUGGAUUCACUUAACUUCGCUCUCGAUCAACAAGAUAUGGACAAAAUCAAUGCAAUACCACAAUUGCAAAAGAUUAUAUAUCCGGGAAAUCUGCUGCCUAUAAGUAUGCCCUCACAUCCCGACUAUCCCUUUGGUGAGGACGACGACAAU